CGAACGCCAACAAUGUCAACAACACGUGAGGGCCAGACAUCUCCUCCUGCCGUCUCUUCCACUCAUAACUCUUGAUAAUUUGGAAUGGAGAGUGAUGAAACAAACAGUUCAGAAGGAGUAAAACAAGAAGGAGAAGUAGAGAUGGUUGAGGGCAGCAAUGAAGGGAAAGGAGAGGUCACUGAUCCAGGCAACAGUGUAGAUGGAGAAGAUUCUCAACCAUUAUCCAAAAGACAGAGGAAAAAGUUUCUAAGACGUCAGAAGUGGCUCGACACUAAACAGGAACGUAAGAAAAGAGAGAAAGAAAAACUGCGUCACCGCCUGGAGGCUAAACGUGCUGCUGGGGAACCUUGUGGCAACAUCAGAAAACGACUCAAAGAAGUAACUAUGGCUGCUAGUAGUUGUAAACAGAGAAUUGCCAUUGACAUGUCCUUUGACGACCUCAUGAUUGAAAAACACCUGUCUCAGUGUGUCAAACAAAUUAGUCGGUGUUACAGUGCUAACAGGCGGGUGACAGACCCAAUGCAGCUUUAUGUGACGAGUUUCGAGGGAAAGUGUGAAGCUGUCAUGGCUAAACAAGAUGGCUACCAGAACUGGGAUGUUUAUUUCAAACCUGAGUACUAUAUGGAUAUUUUCCCAAAGGAAGAAGUUGUUUACCUUACCAGUGAGUCUGAAAAUGUGAUCACAUCCCUGGAUGACACAAAAGUGUAUGUUAUUGGUGGAUUAGUGGAUCACAACGUCCACAAAGGUCUGUGCUACAAAUUGGCCAUCGAGAAAGGCAUCAAACACGCUAAACUACCUUUAGAUGACUUCAUUGAGAUGAAGACCCGGAAGGUAUUAACUGUUGAUCACGUAUAUCAAAUCCUGCUGGGGGUCGUCAAGGGGAAGUCCUGGAAGGAAUCUCUUCUAUCUAUUAUACCAGCCAGGAAAGGUGCCACAGGGAAAGAUGACGAUGAAAACUAUAUAAAUGAUGAAGAGUGUGAUGAAGGAAAUGAUGCUAAGGCCGAGAAGAACCUGGAAAAUGAAACUACAAAGUCAGUGGAAGUUUUAGGAAAAAACAAUGAGAACAGUUGAAAGUUGUUUGGGGGUUCUUGUUAAGUUACAUGUAGUCAAGUGCUGUGAUUCAAACUCAAGGCUGAUGGAGAUGUGCCUAAUGCAUGUACUGUUCUCAGUUUUCCUUAUAUCUAAUUUUAAAUUUUCAUUGUAUCAGUCAAAUGUAAUUCAUUCCUCAUAAGUGUUUGAAUUUUCUUGUCUUACACUACCACAAACACAAUGAUAUAAUUAUCAUUACCUAUUGUCAUACACUAUUUGGAUUCUUUUUUUUUAUUCAGCAAUGGUUUUUAUGGAAGGAAAGUUUAGGAAGUAUUUUUAUGUGAGAUAAUUUAUAGCUCUUUUAUUGGUGUAUGUACAGUAUAUAUGUAUCUAGGAUUAUCUUUUAUUCAAUUUAUAUUAUUUAUUGUAAAUAAUCAAUCAAAGAAGAGUUAUGUACAUCCCUAAAACUCUCUAGUUCAAUCCCAAGAAAGAACAGAAAGUUUUUGACAAUAUUAUUCAGCUGUUGUGUAAAGACUUUGGCACCUCUAAGCUGCUGUAUUUGUACUUCACUGUAUCUUUAAUAAACUGUAUCAGGGACUAUGAGGGUAUGUCAUGCUAUUUUCACACCAAGGAUUGUGGGGAAUGAUGUACUGUAUGUAUCAGGUAGUACUUGUAGAGGGACACCAAUUUUCCCUGUACAGUAUGUUGUGUAUCCGAGUCAGAGCAAGUUAAAUAGUUACUGGGAUGUGAAGAAACAGUCAUUUUAAUCAUAUUUGUUGCUAAGUAUAUUAUGUAGGUUCAUAAAACAGUCUGAUAUUCUGUUAGGAUAAUGAGAAUGCUUUCCAAGUUGGUCACGAGUUACUGUACAUCACCAGGUAUGGCCGUGGUGGUUCUGUGAGAAUUGUCGAGACUACUUCACAUAAUUACUAAAGAAAGUACAGACUAUUUAUACAGUAUAACCUAGACUUUUUGCGACGGUAUUAACUCCACUCUUCAAGCACUGUAUCUGUAUUUAUGGGCAGAGUUCAUUCCCAGUUACUGUAUUUGUCCUGGCCAAUUAAACUAUGUAACUCCUCA